AUGUCUGAAAAGAAUUUGACCGAGUCUCUUCACCCUACAGACUCCUCUUCUGGGGGGUCGGUCAAGAAAGAUUACCACGACGAUCCUUUGGUGUUGGCCCAAACUGAACGUGAAGGUGAGCGGGGAAACAUCUUGUCCCAAUACUCCGAGAAACAAACCAUGCAAAUGGGAAGGAAUUAUGCCCUCAAGCAUGGCUUGGAUGCUGAUCUUUUCGGCAAAGCUGCCGCUUUGGCUAGAGCUCCUCUUGACUUCAACUCAAUGCAGUUUUUGUCAGAGGAGGACAAGAUUUCUCUCAACACAGAGUUGACAAAAAAGUGGCACAUUCCUAAGAAAUUGGUGGCUGUCAUUGCUUUGGGUUCGAUGGCCGCUGCCGUGCAAGGCAUGGACGAGUCAGUUGUCAACGGUGCUACUUUGUUUUAUCCAAAGGUGAUGGGUGUUACAACUAUGAAGAACUCCGAUUUGAUUGAAGGUUUGAUCAAUGGAGCUCCGUACCUAUGUGCAUCCAUUUUUUGCUGGACGUCAGAUUUUUGGAACAGAAAGAUGGGACGUAAAUGGACAAUUUUCUGGACUUGUUUGAUCUCCGCAGUCACUUGCAUCUGGCAAGGUCUUGUGAAUUUAAAAUGGUACCACUUAUUCCUUUCUCGUUUCUUUUUGGGUGUUGGUGUCGGUGUGAAAUCUGCCACUGUCCCCGCAUACGCUGCCGAAACCACUCCUGCUACAAUUAGAGGUUCAUUGGUCAUGCUUUGGCAAUUUUUUACUGCUGUUGGCAUCAUGUUUGGUUAUGUGUCCUCGUUGGCUUUUUACUAUGUUGGUGACCAUGGAAUUUCUGGGGGUUUGAACUGGAGAUUGAUGUUGGGAUCUGCUUGUAUUCCAGCAAUUAUUGUCUUGUUUCAAAUUCCUUUUGUCCCCGAGUCCCCUCGUUGGCUCAUGGGUAAAAACAGACAUGGCGAUGCGUUUGAGUCUCUUUGCCAGUUGAGACAUACCAGGUUGCAAGCAGCUCGUGAUUGCUUCUAUCAAUUUGUUUUGUUGAAUGAAGAAGGCAGUUACGAAGGUAUUCCUUACUACAAGAGACUUUAUGAGAUGUUCACCAUUAGAAGAAACAGAAAUGGUGCUCUUGGUGCUUGGGUGGUCAUGUUUAUGCAACAAUUUUGUGGCAUCAAUGUUAUCGCAUACUACUCAUCUUCCAUCUUUGUGGAAUCCAAUCUUUCAGAGAUCAAGGCCAUGUUGGCGUCUUGGGGUUUUGGUAUGAUCAACUUCUUGUUUGCAAUUCCCGCCUUCUACACCAUCGAUACAUUUGGUCGUCGUAAGUUAUUGUUGACCACUUUCCCAUUGAUGGCUAUAUUUUUGCUUUUGGCCGGUUUUGGUUUCUGGAUUCCAAAGCAUAAGCGUGAUGGUAGAUUAGCCUGUAUCACCACAGGUAUCUAUUUGUUUUCUGCUGUUUAUUCUUCAGGUGAAGGUCCUGUUCCCUUCACAUACUCCGCUGAAGCCUUCCCCUUGUACAUUAGAGACAUCGGUAUGGGAUUUGCCACAGCAACAUGUUGGUUUUUCAACUUUAUUUUGGCCUUUACAUGGCCACGUCUUAAGAACACUUUCAAGCCUCAAGGUGCUUUUGGAUGGUAUGCUGCCUGGAAUAUUGUUGGAUUUUUCCUUGUGUUGUGGUUCUUGCCUGAGACUAAGGGUUUAACUUUAGAAGAGUUGGAUGAGGUGUUUGGCGUGUCGCUUAGAAAGCACGCGCUGUACAGAACUAAGGAAUUAGUUCUUAACUUCCGCAAGUAUGUUAUGAGACAAAAGGUUGAGCCUUUGCCUCCCUUGUACGUGCAUCAAAGAUUGGCUGUCACCAACCCAGACUGGAACGAAAAGACAGAGGUGGUGCACGAAGAGGAGAUUUAA